GUACAACGCGAGUGCGUGUGUGUGAACUUACAACAAGCUCAGAUAUCUGUUGUAUAACCGAGAGCUACGGACAGUACAGUCAAGGUCAACAUUCAGCUAUUUGACACCUGUUGUGUAUACAUAACGUACUACGGCACUAACAACAACCAUUCAACAGAGACAAUUAGACAGAAAUGUGUUUCAAUAAACGCCUGAUCAAGCUGGCUGACUACUUCCGAUUACAAUCCAAUAUGACUCGUUAGUGAGCCACUGAAAACAUAGACAGUCGACAUGACAUGCAAUACCAAAAUCGUAAUCACGAAGCUACUAGUAUGCUUUCUCUUGUCUGGCGUAAGAGGAAGAUCAUGGGCCAGCCACCAUGACACUACCACCUCUACUACUCAAACUACACCCACCACUAGCCCGGCUCCAAAGAACUUCCACAAUGAUCCGCUUGUCGUCGAGACUAAGAGCGGUCUCGUUAAAGGUUAUGCCAAAACGGUCAUGGGUCGGGAGGUACAUAUAUUUACCGGAAUACCAUUCGCAAAACCGCCUCUAGGUCCACUAAGGUUUCGAAAGCCAGUUCCAAUUGAACCAUGGCACGGAGUUCUAGAUGCCACCGCUAUGCCCAAUAGCUGCUAUCAAGAACGAUAUGAGUAUUUUCCUGGAUUUGAAGGUGAAGAGAUGUGGAAUCCUAACACCAAUAUAUCAGAGGAUUGUUUGUAUUUGAAUAUUUGGGUGCCUCAGCAUUUACGAGUGCGCCAUCAUCAAGAUAAGCCUCUGGCUGAGAGGCCAAAAGUGCCGAUACUAGUGUGGAUUUACGGUGGAGGGUAUAUGAGUGGGACAGCAACCCUUGAUUUAUAUAAAGCUGAUAUUAUGGCAUCAUCAAGUGACGUUAUAGUGGCUUCCAUGCAGUACAGGGUGGGAGCAUUUGGAUUUUUAUACUUGAAUAAAUUCUUUUCGCCGGGCAGCGAAGAAGCGCCAGGUAAUAUGGGACUUUGGGAUCAGCAAAUGGCAAUACGUUGGAUAAAAGACAAUGCACGGGUAUUUGGUGGAGAUCCUGACUUGAUUACACUGUUUGGGGAGUCAGCUGGAGGAGGAAGCGUGAGUUUGCAUAUGCUUUCUCCAGAGAUGAAAGGAUUGUUCAAGAGGGGUAUAUUACAGUCGGGAACCUUAAACGCACCAUGGAGUUGGAUGACAGGAGAACGCGCUCAAGAUAUUGGGAAGGUGUUAGUUGACGAUUGUAACUGUAACAGUAGUCUCCUGCCCGCGGAUCCGAGCCUAGUGAUGGAUUGUAUGAGAGGGGUAGAUGCAAAAACUAUUUCCGUGCAACAAUGGAAUUCAUAUACGGGAAUAUUAGGAUUUCCGUCAGCUCCGACUGUCGACGGCGUAUUUUUACCAAAAGACCCUGACACUAUGAUGAAGGAAGGUAGCAUCCACAACACUGAAGUGCUUCUCGGAAGUAAUCAAGAUGAAGGAACAUACUUCUUGUUAUACGAUUUUCUCGAUUAUUUCGAAAAGGACGGACCGAGUUUUUUACAGAGAGAAAAAUUCUUAGAGAUCAUCAACACGAUUUUCAAGGACUUCUCUAAUAUAAAAAAAGAAGCAAUAAUUUUUCAAUAUACGGAUUGGGAAGAGAUCACCGACGGUUAUCUGAACCAAAAGAUGAUAGCAGACAUUGUGAGCGAUUACUUCUUUGUCUGCCCCACUAAUUACUUCGCAGAGGUUCUGGCUGAAUCUGGCGUUGAUGUAUACUACUACUACUUUACACACCGCACAAGCACAAGCCUCUGGGGCGAGUGGAUGGGUGUGAUGCACGGUGAUGAGAUGGAGUACGUGUUCGGGCAUCCGCUUAACAUGUCGCUGCAGUACCAUACUAGGGAGCGGGACUUGGCCGCUCACAUCAUGCAGUCUUUCACUAGAUUCGCUCUUACUGGCAAACCAAACAAGCCAGAGGAGAAGUGGCCGCUGUACUCUCGCGCGUCACCUCACUACUACACAUACACUGCUGACGGGACAAGCGGGCCGGCGGGGCCACGAGGCCCGCGCGCAAGUGCUUGCGCUUUUUGGAACGACUUCCUGAACAGGCUCAACGAAUUGGAGCGUGUUCCCUGCGAUGGGGCAGUGACUGGACCCUACAGCAGUGUGGCCGGUACUACUCUCCCUGUGGUCCUGCUCACAGCGCUCGCCACCACCGCUGCCCUCUAAAUAAAACAAAAAAUACUAGAGUAGAAGUCGAUGAAACAGAAAAAAUGUGCUUCAAAUGUGUUUCAGAAAAAAAACGUGUGUAACAAAAAUGGUGAACAAACAUAUUUCUAUGGAGAUUGGAUAAUUGGAUAUUUUAUAGCUAAAAAGAAAUUUGAAUGAUAUUUGGAAUGACUGGCAAACGGAACUGAUUCUUGUAGCUUAAGGUCUUAGCAAACGUACGCACUGGUUUUAUAUCAAGUUAAUUUCUGUAGGUAGUAUAAUUUCCAAUAAUAGUAACAUUUUAAUUAAGGUAGGCACACGAUGUUCCUUGUCUAGUUGUUUCGUCUGUUUGAUGUUGCAAACAUUUAUUUUAAUUGUAAUUAAUAAUGAUAAAAUAUUUAAAAAAAAAAUGUUUGACGUUAGGGCAAACAUGUACAAAAAUGUUAUUCGUAAUUUUAAUAUUAAGAAGUGUACUGCUUGCGUGGGAGUAUGCCAUGCGAAGUAUGUACCUAUAUUUAAGUGAUAAACGUGUCAAUAAAACAGUAUAAAAAAAAUUGAAUUUGACAAAAUGUAGCGCUUUUAUAAUAUUUAAAUUACGAACAACAUACAUGAGCUCAGUUUUUUAAUGAAGAAAAUUAAGUCUUUAAAAUUUGUGUGUGUUAUAAUAAGUACAAUACUAUUAAUUAGGAAAUCUGUUGUAAUAAGUUAAAAUGCUUUGAUUGUAAAAGCAAUGCUUUCACUGAAGAUUGGAUUAUCACUAUACAUAUCAAGUGUGCCUCUGCUUGAAUAGCAAAAUAAAACAUAUCUUUAUUCUAGUGAAAUUUAGAAUUUGAUAUAAAUAUAUGAAUAUAUUGUAAAAGUAGAGCGUAUACUAUGCGACGAAUUUUUGUUGAGGUGUUUAUUAUUAUAUAUAGGAUGCUACUAAAUGCGUACCACUCGAGGAUCUUAUGAACUUCAAAUUCUUAUGACUUCAAACAGAUGAUAGAAUAUUUUGUAAAUAAUACCUUUUUAUGAAUAAAAUGCAAAGUUAUUGUUACCUACUUACUAAUGUAAUAUAUAUGAAAACGUAGACCUAUGUUUUAAUUUGAAUAAAACGCACUUACUCGUAUGUAUAACUUACCUUCGUUUAUAGGUGGGAACCUCUAUUUUCUUUAGAAUCUUUACCAAAAUACUAUACCUACCAAUUUAAUCUAUAAAUACAAUAAUUAUUAUGUACGUUUUAACAUAUGAAUCGCGAAUAAAAAUAUUAAAUUUAUCCAUACUUUACAUAUAAUAGGAAACAACCAGAAAUAUCAGUCUACCCUCUUGCUUACACUAUGAGCCAUAAAGUUUUCCUAAAUCCCGUUGUAAGCCCUCACAAAUUGCGGAAUAUGUCUAAUCUGUAGCUUAUAAAUGCUUUAAGUGAAAAUCGUCUUAUGAAUAUAUAUUACGAUUUAUAUAUUUUUAAACAUGAAAUUUGUACCUACUAAUUCGAUAGGCAUAAUAAGGACGUAUUGGUAUUAGAAGUGAUUGUCAAUUACUACCGAGAUGUGCGCAUGGAAUAUGUGAGAGAUACUUAGAAGGAUUGCUAAAUACGUGUACAAAAUUUCGGGAAACAAUAUAGUAGGACUGUCCCUUGCAUGUCAGUUGUCUAUUCUACAACACUUAAAUGUAUGAAAGUAGCAUUACGCAUUACUGUAAAUGACAUGUUAAAUAUGAUACUAAAUCGAGUAUGUAUUUUAAGCUUCCCGCAAAUUUAUGAAAUACAUGUUUUAAUCGCAACAUAAAGAAAUUCCAUGAUAAACUUAUAUCAAUAAUUAUAUUUAAAAAAAAAAACUAGUUCAUGAAUCAAUUGAAAUUAAUUCAAUCAAUUGAAAUGUUACGUAUUAUAAAAUUUUAGCCAAAGAUAUUGGUCAAUCUUGAAAGUACAGAAAUAGGUACUACGCGAUCGCCACACAAUACAUACAAUUAUUUAUGUGGGGUGAUCUGGGAAAAGUGUCACGGAUAUAACAAGAUUUGAUUAAGAAAUAUAACAAACAUAGUCAAAUUGGUACAAAAGUUUCUAGUUUGGACAUUUAAAAUAAAUUUGGAAAUUUUAAUUUAAUUUUUUGGCCCUACAGUGAUCACUUUUAUGUCACUCCCCACACUUUAUUAUGUAAACAAAUUAUAAGGUGGCCAUGAUUUUUACAUUAAUAAAUAUGUUACUAAUAUUAAAGGAAAACUUAAACUUGUUAUCUUUCAUUCUUCAUUAAAAAUACUAUCAAUAAUAAUUAUAAUGCCACAAAAUUUUAUUCCUGGUCACGUUUUAUAAUCUUCUUCUUCGCCUAGCCUUUUCCCAUAUCAUGUGGGGUCGGCUCUCCUUGUCAUUCUUCGCCAGGCGUAUCUGUUCUGGGUCAUCUAGACAUCUACUUGGGCUUUCUUAAGGUCUUUUUCUAUGACGGACAUCCAGGUCGUAAGGGGUCUACCUCUGCCCGAUCUUUUGGAACCGAUGUUGAUGUUAAAGACUUGUCUAGUCAUGUGUUGGCCAUACCACUUUAAGCGCGAUUCGGAGAGCUUAUCUUAUAUUGGCCAGAUCUUAAAGCUGCCGCGGAUGUGCUCGUUUCUCACCCUGUCGAGUAGUGACACCUCCCGCCCACCUCAACAUCUUCAAUUCGGUUAUGUGCAGUUUUGUGGUAUGGACCUUCUUCAAGGGUGAGUGCCGGUCUGAUUGCGGACUUGUACACCUUUCCCUUCACACGCACCGGCAUUCUACUGUCACCUUUCUUAAAUCACCUAUAUAACUAUUAAAUAUGCAAAGCUACAUAAAAUACCUGGUUUUCACAAUAAAAAUUCAGUCCCAGUAGCAAUCACUAGUUGCUUCCAAUAACAGCCAUAAGCGCCACUUGCACCAUUCCACUAAACCGGGGUUAACCGGUUAAACCUGGAGUUACCAUGGUUAUCAGUGCAAUUUGACACUGGGUGAACGGUUUAACCGCUUAACCUCGGGUUAGUGUUACACUGACUAUGAUUGAUAUAACGGUUGAAGGGCUGUUACAUUUAUAUGAAAAAUCGCCCCGUUUAUCAAAUUUUGCAAAAUUGUAAGUUGUACUUUGGUAGGCGUUCCUUUUUUCACUUUUUUUUAUAUUUCACUGCAUUUAUUAAAAUUAGGUAUGUGAAUUUUUCCUCUCAUAGAUUAUUAAAAAGUAGACACGAGAGUAAUGUGCACACCGAUUGCUUUUUAUGCCUCUUCCGCAUUUCAAGUCUUGGGAAAAGAAAUAGGUACUAUUUUGUCAUUUUAAUCGUGAAAUUCCAAGGUGCCGAAUUUGCUUUUAUGAUAUCUUAACUUUGACAUUAGUAAACUACAUAAUAAAACUUCAAAAUUGUACAAUGUUUAAUUCAUGAAUUUAUAUGCCAAUAAUUUUUGAACGUUAUUGUUUCCACUAAAAAAUCAAUACAUAUAGAUUUCACGUCGCCAUAAUAUUAGAUGUAUAAAAAACUGGAUUAUGUUAGGGAACUGACUGUACUUUUGUGAAAAUUAUAUACUUGUAUGUUGACAGACCUGAAAGUAUUAAAAUAUAGUUAAAUCGAAAAUGAUAUCACCAGCGCUACUUAUCAUUAUCACAAAGGUGAAUGAACCUUCCGGCCGAUUUCGACCAUAGCGAAAGUAACGAUAUGGUUCAUAUGGUAACCAUAAGUACUACUUGUUUACCAAGACUCCCAGAGAAUGCGGAAAGGUUUUUACGUUGAAUUAAGCACGAUUUGAGAAGUUGUAUGGGAUAGCUUUAAUUAGUUAAUAUUAAGAUGUAAAGUGAUCUAAAUAAGGGUAAGCUAACGUAGUGAUGUAUAAUAAAGUUUAAUAUAAUGAAUCUCAUAUCGUGUUACUAACAAAACGUAUGUUGAAAUAUUCAGUAGUAAUUGUAAAUGUAAACACAUUCAAGUAAUACAAAACAUGACAUCAUUGUUAAGUUAUUAGUAAAACUUUCAUACCUACUGUUUGUUUUUCAUUAUUUUUUAAGAUAUGCAAAGUUAAAAAUAAAACAACAAUAUCUUAGCGUUAUUUAUGCACUAGUAGGUAAUAACAAAAUAGUCAGAGUUUAUACAAUUAUAACAAUAUUUACUUACUAGAAUAUGAAAUGUAAUAAUUUACGUAACUAUGUAAUGAAAAAAAAUAUUGACCAUUCAUAUCUAGUUUGCUCUACAUAAUAUGUAUCUUAUUAUUUUUCAGGGCCUAAAAUUCUUGUUCUUGAUUCAGCAAAAUAUGGUGGUUGCAUACGUACAGUUUAUUAUAAUAGAUUUAUUGUAAUCUACUCAAUAGGUAGUAUAGCUCGUAGUAUUGGUAAAUUAAGUUUAGAUUGAAUGUGAUGCAAUUAGUGGUUUUUGAUAACUAAAGAACAACCGCUUAACCUCCUAUUAUUGUGGAUGAAGUAAACACAAUCCAGUAGAUAAGACGACCUUUGGUAUCAGAGACGACAAAAUGACAAAAGUGCUAAUCUAUGUAGGUACUCGUAGGUGUUCAGUUCGUCAUUAUUUUAAAUAGUAUAGUAUGUAGAACUACAUUCGUAAAGACGUAACGAGAUUGCGUUCUUAUUAGUCUCAUACAAUUUGCAUUACGUACUUGACUGCUACUAUCAUUGGUUAUUCAUAAUAUACAUAUUAUAACACCUUUGUGAAAUUACCUGUUUCAGUAGACAACGUUAAAAUAUUUAACCUAACUAUAAAGUGCCGUUGUCUACAAUACAUUACGAAAAUUAGUGCUCUUUAUCAUUUACUCGUCUCAUAUGAUAUAACAUUCCAUGUUUUCAUUUUAUUGAAUAAGUAUACCUAGUGGUUGGUAAAACGUUUUAGUUCAAUAGAAUAUACAUAGAAACUUCGUGCCAUACAAUUAUUAGACGUGUAGAGAUUUAUAGAAAAAUUAUAACGGUGUAUGUUUGUUAGGGAAGGUAAAUGUUCAAUGUUAUUUGUAAAGCUUCUACCCGAUAUACGAACCGCUGUGUGCAUUAGAUUCUGCUAGAGUUGCUAAAGACUCACUCCGACGAGGGCUAUAAAGAAACCUAUCAUGUGUAUUUGCUUGAUAGUGGCGCUUUGUAGCGUCGAGCGAAAAUUGUUUAUGAUAUGAUACGAAAUAUACAAUUCUAAACGAAUUUUAGGAUCGAGAUAACAACACGAGUUGGAAAUUCUAUUUCUGCACGUAUAUGAACGUUUUACAAUGCGUUAUGCGAGAAAAAAAUGUGACAACAAUAAUAUUAAUCUCUUAAGGGGACGCCGGACGAUAUCGGCCUGUCAGUUAGAACAAAAAUUUGACAGCCCCGAACAACUGACAGGCCGAUAUCGUCCGGCGGACUGAUAGUCAGUGGGCCAGUAGAAAAUAUCUGCCACCCGCGUGGUGCCGCACCGCUAGCCAUGCCGCGUGGCCUAGCGCACUUACUUUUUUAAGCAUAAUAGAAAGAUAGGCUCUCUGUGUCCUGGAAAUACUACUUUAUGUAGAUCCACAUUAAGGAUUACUCACGAUAGAGCAGUCCGAGUCCGGGCCGACGCUUCCGACACUUCGUUUUCUAUGACGGGCGAUCGGUGAUCACGUGAUGCUUCCUAUAGGUAUAUGGAUCUGAAGUGUCGGACGCCUCGGACCGUUCUAAUACGACUCAUCCUUUAAGUAGUACUUUCUAAGUAUGUAUAUGCAUUGGAAAAUUAUCAAAAAAGCGUCAUUGUCGAGUGAAUUCGCUAGGAUCGAGGCCGUGGUUUUAUGUUUAAAUUUAAAACUCGACUCAAUUUUAGCGACACUAAUCUUAAGAGUUGUGAUUUGAUGCAUAUCCCUAUCACUAUCUAUCUCAUUAAUUAUUUAGUAAAAUCGUCUCCAUUCAAUAAUUUUCCGUAUUGAUUGACAAUUUGAUGUAAUAAUUUAGAGACUUAUCUAGGAUGGUCGAAUCUUAAAUAGGUUUAAAAUCUUCCAUUAAGACGACUCUACUUUGUGGAGGACCCGCGCGAAAUCGCCUUUUCAUACAAACGUAGUCCUCAUUUUCCUCUCUAGAUAUUAACAUUAUUGAAAAUAUUUUGACGCAAUUUGUUGUAUAUCAACCACAGCUAUGCCCCUACGUUAGAUUUGUUUCUAAUUUUCAAUUAUUAUAAGAGUUAAAAGCAUAUAAAUAUUUCUAUGAAAUUCUCUUUUCGCUCCUAUUUUUUACAAUGAUCAAAAAAUCUAAAAAAAGUCAUACGUAGGGGCAUAGCUGCUAUGGUUAAUAUACAUCAAAUUAUGUAAAAAUAUGUCCCAUAAUGUCAAUUUCCACAGAGGAAAAUGGGGACUACGUUUGUAUGGAAACCCGGCCGUCCGCUUUCCUCUUAAUUGAAGUCUGAACAGUUAAGUCGAGUUUUACAAUUGAGUACUACCACCAGAUUGACACUGACAUAUUCGCUAGAGUGUCCGUAACUCACGUUCUAAUUCUAUGCAUCUCGCUCGUAUCGCAUAUUAGUGCGAGGAAGAAAUAUAGAAAUUAAGUUAGGUAGACGUUAGCGAAUAUGUCAGUUUGACACUGCUAAAGCAGUCGUGGUAAAGCUACUUACUAUACUUGAGUCUUUACCAAGACUAGAUAGUAGACACCGCUUUACAUUAGGUGCUAAUAAAUGUAUACAUGUGGGUAUGUGCACUAUUUUUUUGUACUCUUGACAACUAAAUGCGAAUGACGUUGACAAUAUUUGUUUUAUUUGUAUCCAGGUGGCGUGCUUGGUUGUAUCUGUAGGCUUUUCACAUGUUAGAUGAGUGUGAUUUGGUGUGAUUCUUUUAGAAAUCCUGUUACAUAUUUUGUACUACAUUUAAAAACGUAUCAAGGUAGUAUUCAGUCUAAUGAUAUAAAUUGAUUGUAGAAAGAUAGGUAGUCAUCGUUAUAUUUUUUCAAAGCCAAUUAGCGUUGACAGUCGUCGUAUAAAGGGAAAGUCAUAACGUGGAGUAAAUUAACUUGAAAAUGUUAAGCUGUGCUGUGUGUAUUGAUGACACAAAAUAAAUUAUUAAUCAUUACGUACCUAAGAGGUUUUGGGUUUCACUUGCAUACCUAAAAAUAAGGAAGAAUAAUAUGAUCUUGAAUUUCACUUAACUGUAUUCAUAAUUAAUUUAAUUAAACGGCACUUGUUGGUUGACAUUUAAAUUUAUAGAACAAAAUAUUUAAGUAGGGGAAAACUACUCAGUGAUUGGCUUGGCACCAAAAGAAAAGGUGCCAAUCAUUAACGAUAUGCUAAUUUACCCUAUUUGAGCUUAUUAGUUUCACAGUUCAAAUCUUGCUUAAGAGUUCGGAUAUGAUAUUUCUUAAGAAUUAGCUAACUAUUAACUGCAUUAUGUAAAUUUGUUUGUACAGUUAUACAGAAUUUUAAUAAUUUAAUUGUUCUUCCUAAAGUGCGCGGGCACUGUAGUAAGAAUAAAUAUUUUAUCGGGAUACUGUUAAACAAUAGUUAUAAUAUUUUGCUUUAAAUAUCCAAUUAAUAUCUCUUACCUGGAAAAUAAUCAAUAAAUUGAAUUAAAAUGUG